AUGAAAAUCGCUGUGGAAGGCUGUGCCCAUGGGGAAUUGGAGACCAUUUACGCUGCUUUGGAGAACAUUGAACGUAGAGACAAUAUUAAAGUAGAUUUAUUGAUUUGUUGUGGAGAUUUUCAAGCCGUGCGAAACGAGGUCGAUUUGGCAUGCAUGGCCGUACCACCCAAGUACAAAAAAAUGUGCAGCUUUUAUAAGUACUACAGUGGCGAGAAAACGGCGCCAAUUUUAACCAUUUUUAUUGGUGGCAAUCAUGAAGCAUCGAAUCAUUUGUGGGAGCUACCUUUUGGCGGUUGGGUCGCCCCAAAUAUAUACUACCUCGGCUACUCUGGGGUGGUCAAUUUCGGUGGGCUAAGGAUAGCUGGGCUAUCUGGGAUAUACAAGUCACAUGACUACAAUAAAGGUCAUUAUGAGUCGCCACCGUUUAACCAUGAUACUGUUCGGAGCAUAUAUCAUGUUCGAAGCUUGGAUGUUUUUAAACUGAAACUAUUGAUGAAGCCUGUUGAUAUUGCAUUGUCACACGAUUGGCCGAAAGGGGUGUAUCACUAUGGCAACCUUGAUGAAUUGUAUCGUUGGAAAGGAUUCUUACGCGAGGAGAUUGAAUCAAAUACCCUGGGAAGUUACGCAGGCCAAGAAGUGUUACGAGCGUUGCAGCCUGAUUUUUGGUUCUCCGCCCAUCUGCAUUGCAGAUUUCCUGCCCAGGUUGUUCACAGCCAAACGGGGAAGGUAACAAACUUCUUAGCACUCGACAAAUGUUUACCUCGACGGAAGUACCUGGAGGUUAUUGAUGUGGGUGAACCGAAGGGACCAUUAGAGUUAUCGUACGACGCAGAAUGGCUAGCCAUAACUAAGUCAACAUUACCUCUGAUGAACACAGAGCCAGUGCACACGAAACUGCCUUAUGCGGAGUCCGUUAUUGCAACCCUAAAGCCAAACGAGGCAGUGAUUAAGGAUGUAAAAGAGCUAUUUGAUGGUGACCUUAAAAUCCCAGAGAAUUUCACUCAAAAUGUGGCAUUGUAUAACCCAGCGAGGCACAGAAAACAUGUUCAAGUCACGGCCGGCACAAAUCCACAAACCGACUCAUUUUGCAGAAAGUUGAAAAUCAGGAAUCCGUUUUGGGUGACAGAUCUUCCCGGUGAUGUGACAUCAGAGAAUCCAGAUGAGAUUAGCCUGAGUGAUGAAGAUGAUGAUGGUGAUGAUACCCAAAGCAGUGAUAUCUCUAGUAAUGUGACAGCUCCUUUGCCACAUGUCGAAGGUGUGCAGAGACCUGGUUUCUUGUCGAGCGUAUGCAAGGAAGAGCAAGUGUCGUCAGAGAAUCCUGAUGAGAUUGGUUUAGCAGAUGAUGAGGAAAGCGAGUCACAAAGUAGUGAUUUUCCAACUGCAAGAGCAGCAAGUUCGUCAACACACUCAGAAACAAGGGCCAACACCGAUUUACCUUUUAAAGAAAAUGACCAGAAAACUGGACAUGAUAGCUUAGGAGACAAGAUAAACCCAGACAGUAAUUCAGACACAGAACCUCCACCAAAAGUAUUCAAACUUGUCCGAAGGAAUCAGAACAUGUACUCUACGACUGAGGACUCUGAUGACUAA